CACAGGGGCUCGUGCGCUGUAGGUGAAACCAGUCUGCCCAACACAACGACGUCUCCGCUCGCUCUCCCCCUGGAUUUUAAGUCUUUUCAUCACCUCACAUCACCGCUGUGGGUUCCCGACAGAAACUACAGAAAAGCAGGAUGCAACAAGUUGGACUCCGUCCACUUAGAUGUUACUGAGCGGCGACAAUGGGUCAGAGAAGGAAGUCACGCCGGUGAGGCAAACACACCGAACACCACCACCCAAAACCCACCGCAGCUUCACCGACUGAUGCAGCCAUGCCCCGCCUGCCCUCCUGAUUCUGCUCUACCUUCCCUCGGUUGAAUCAGAGUCACAGCAGCCUGACAACUCCUCCGGUCAGCAUGGCUACACCUUUCCUGUGGAAGCUGUCGUCCCAGAAGCUGGGCUUCUUCCUGGUCAGCUUUGGGUUCAUCUGGGGCAUGAUGCUGCUGCAUUUCACCAUCCAGCAGCGGGCCAGCCAUGAGAAUAGCGCCGUGCUGAGGCAGCAGAUCCUGGACCUCAGCAAACGCUACAUCAAGGCGCUGGCUGAGGAGAACCAGAGUGUCAUGGAUGGGCCUUACGUGGGUACCAUGACGGCUUACGAUUUGAAGAAAACGCUUGCAGUGCUGCUGGAUAACAUCAUGCUGAGGCUCGGCAAGCUGGAGUCCAAGGUGGAAAACAUCUACAACGGCACGGGGGGCAACCUGACCAACGGCACCAGCACGGCCACGCCCAGCGGUACCAACUCAGAGAAAGUGAAUGUGGCAGACCUCCUAAACGGAGCCCAGGAGAAGUGCGAGCUGCCGCCAUUGGAGGGUUUCCCUCACUGCGAGGGCAAGGUCAAGUGGAUGAGGGAGAUGUGGCGCUCAGACUCCUGCUACGGCAACUAUGGCGUGGAUGGAUCCACCUGCUCCUUCUUCAUCUACCUCAGCGAGGUGGAGAACUGGUGUCCUCGCCUGCCCUGGAGGACAAAGAACCUGAAUGAAGAAAUAGACAGGAGGGGACAGGCGGAGGUCCGGACGAGUUUCGAGGAGCUGUACCGCGUGAUGUCACAGCGCGAGGAGUUCCGCUGGAUGAUGCUGAGGAUCAAACGCAUGGCUGAGCCAUGGGUCAGCGCCAUCCGCUCGCUGGCUGCCAAGCAGAACCUGGCCCGGCGUCGAAGGAAGAAGAUCCUGGUGCACUUGGGCCUGCUCACCAAGGAGUCAGGCUUCAAAAUUGCAGAAAACGCCUUCAGCGGUGGCCCGUUGGGCGAGUUGGUCCAAUGGAGUGACCUCAUAACCACGCUGUACCUGCUGGGCCAUGAUGUUCGCAUCUCAGCCUCCCUGGCCGAGCUCAAAGAGAUCAUGCGCAAGGUCAUGGGGAACAAGUCCAGUUGCCCGACCCAGGGUGACAAAGUGGUUGAGCUCAUCUACAUUGACAUCGUCGGUCUCACCCAGUUUAAGAAGACGCUGGGACCAUCCUGGGUCCACUACCAGUGCAUGCUGCGGGUGCUGGAUUCGUUCGGUACAGAACCAGAGUUCAACCAUGCCCACUACGCCCAGUCCAAGGGUCACAAGACGCCGUGGGGGAAGUGGAACCUCAACCCGCAGCAGUUCAACACCAUGUUCCCUCACACCCCAGACAACAGCUUUCUGGGCUUCGUUGUGGAGCAGCACCUCAACGCCAGCGACAUCAGGCACAUCGAUGACAUCAAGAGGCAGAACCAGUCACUGGUCUAUGGCAAAGUCGACAACUUCUGGAAGGACAAAAAGAAAUACCUUGACAUCAUCCACAGCUAUAUGGAGGUUCAUGGCACCGUGCAUGGCACCAGCACUGUGCACCUACCAAGCUAUGUCAAAAACCACGGCAUCCUGAGUGGCCGAGACCUGCAGUUCCUCCUCCGAGAAACCAAGCUGUUUGUGGGGCUCUCCUUCCCCUACGAGGGUCCCGCCCCCCUGGAGGCCAUCGCCAACGGAUGCGCUUUCCUCAACCCUAAAUUCAACCCUCCGAAGAGCAGCAAGAACACUGACUUCUUCAAGGGAAAACCCACGCUGAGAGAGCUGACCUCUCAACAUCCGUAUGCCGAGGUGUACAUCGGUCAGCCCCAUGUGUGGACGGUGGACAUUGAGAACUCUGCCGAGGUGGAGAGGGCCAUCCGCUCUAUCCUUAGCCAGAAGAUUGAGCCCUACCUGCCCUAUGAGUUCACGUGUGAGGGGAUGCUGCAGAGAGUCAACGCCUUCAUCGAGAACCAGGACUUCUGCCACGGUCAGGUGAUGUGGCCUCCACUCAGCGCGCUGCAGGUCAAGCUGGCAGAGCCGGGACGCACCUGUAAGCAGGUGUGUCAGGAGGAGCAGCUCAUCUGUGAACCGUCCUUCUUCCAACACCUCAACAAGGACAAAGACCUGGCCAGGUUUGGUGUGGACUGUCAGACGGUGGAGUCGAGCGCCGACACGGUGGUCCCUGCCUACAGCGAGACGCGCCGCCACUGCAUCUUCCAGUCUGACCUGCUGCUGUUCAGCUGCGCCGGCGCCCACCAGUCACUGCGACGCAUCUGCCCCUGCCGCGACUACAUGAAGGGCCAGGUGGCGCUGUGCAAAGACUGCCUAUAGCACCGACACACGGGCUGACGGGACGGGGACGGGCUGACGGAAGAGCGGGCUGUGGCUGGACGGGGUCAAAAGAAGUCGGAGCAGCUUAACGAGUGUGUUUGAGAGACGUGCGGCUGUCAGACACACACAUUACAUUUUGUUUUUGUCUGGACAAACAUUCAUGAGACUGCGUGUGUUCAUCGUAUUUAUUGUUUCCUCCAGCUGCUGAAGUGACAACCGGAGCAAAACUCUGAUUGACCGGCGGUGGCGCUGCGAUUCCCGGACGCCGUGUAAAAUUACUUGAAUCAACAAAGGGAGUCGUUUCAGACUUUAACGCUGCAGCAGACGAGCUCUGCUGCUGCCUUGGUAGACUGCACAAAUCAGAGACGGCCUGCCGGAUCGUCAGGUUCAUCAGGGCAGCGAGGGACCAAGGAGACUCACCCGCCGCUUCCUGACAGCCGCCACGCCCUAUCUCGCCCUGCCCCGCCCCGCCCCGCCCCGCCCCCCCCUCCAUCCACCUCCCCCGCUCAAAUCUGAAACUGUUUAUUCUUUAGGUAGGUUUGCACUGGACUGGCCCACAUCCCCACACACACGUACACACGCAGGGCCAACAGACGGCGGCUGAAGAAGAACCCAGUUUUACACUGUAACCGACCCGUCCCUCUCCUCCGGACAGACGCGAUGAGAGCGGACAUGUAACGUAGAUAUCUAGA